UUUAUAUAUGAUAUUAUUUUUGUUAUGAUUAUUUUUAAACUGUUAUAACUAUGUUAAAAAAUUAGUUUUAAAAAUGGUGAAAUUUACCGAAACAAAUAUUAUUAAUGAAACAUCUUCCAACUUAAAGUAUUAUGAUUAUAAUAAAACAAGAUCUAACCUACCGUUUCAAAUAGCUUUAUAUUUGAAUUUAUGGCUUUUUCCAAUUUGGCUGAUAAUUAGUAUAAUAAACUUGGAUGCAAAAUACAAUAAUUUAACAAAUAUUUAUAAAUUGAUAGCUGUAACAAUAUUUUUGAUACUUUCAAUUUUUGAAAGUUUAAAAUUAUAUUUGGGAUAUGCAGGAAAUCUUAUUGGAAAGAUUCCAGAAUUAACUAGUUGUUGGUUAAUUUCAAUAUUGAUACAACUUCCUCUAGAGAUGUAUCUUUUAUUUGAUUAUUGGAUUUUAUUUCAUUAUAGUGAAAUAUUGGUCAAUUCCUUUAUGGUUUGCCUUCUUUUUAUUGAAAUUAUUACAGGUAUGAUUGCUUUAAAAAAUUUGGCAAAUCAUCAUGCUAAAGUAUUUUAUUUAAUGCAUUUAUACGGUGUACGUACAAAUGAUGGACGGUAAUUUAUCUUCUAAAAUAAUUUUAUAACUAUAUAGAACAAGUACAUUUACAAGUAAUUUUUAUAUUAAAAUACAAAUGUUUGAUUUUUUGUUUGGUAAAAAUUUCUAAUCAAUGCAAUACCUAAUACUAUUUA